AUGCGGGAAGGCUACAUGUCCGGCGGGAUGAGGCACGCGCUUGGCGGCCUCGGAGGGCAGAUGAUGGAUCCGAUGAUGGGCCGAAAUGAGCUAGAAGAUGCCUGGCAAGCUGGGCCUGGAAUGCGUGGGCCAAGAAUGGGACCAGGUCCUGGUCCGACCAUGUCCGAGCAGUUUAUGCAGCACAUGGCGAACCCUGGUGCGAUGGGUGCAGAGUCGGGG